GUCAGAGAAACUAGCGGGUCAAGGAAAGCGCCGGAGACACGACGGCGGCCGGGAAGACUGUGGAUCUGGUGUUGCUGCAGACUGUUGUUAAUUUGGUCGGGAUUAUUAUCAGUAGAGGAUCCCAGUGAGUGCAGAGAAGUCAACAGCAUCGAUGGAAGUUGACGUACAUGCUGUGUCCACCUGUGGGCAAAGUCGGCACCCUUCAGAGUUGAGGAUUGUGUUGAUAGGUGGAAGAGAACUAAACGGUGGCCCCAGUAACAAGAGUGAAGCUGGCAACAUCAUACUGGGUCAAAGUGUUUUUGACACCAGCAGAAGAACUGCCCAGAGUGUUGCCAGGCAGCAGGAGGUACAUGGCCGACACGUCACUGUGGUUGACACUCCAGGCUGGUGGUGGCACUACCCACGAGAAAACACCCCAAUGCUGGAUCAGAUAGAAAUCAGGAACAGCGUCCAUCUGUGUCCUCCGGGCCCUCACGCCUUUCUUCUAGUCAUUCCUGUUGAUUUAACAUUUCCUGACAUCUUCAGACCAUCACUAGAGGAGCACCUGAAACUUUUCCCUGAAAGACUGUCGGAUCACACCAUCGUGCUGUUUACUGUGGAUGCUCCGUUCAGUGAUAAAGAUUUAGAAUAUGAAAUCAGUCUGUGGCCAGCACUUCAGUGGAUCCUUAAACGAUGUGGAAAGCGAAAGCAUAUUCUGAACAUCAGCGACAGGCAGGAUAGCACUCAGGUCAUAGUGCUGUUCAAGAAAAUAGAGGCACUGAUUGCAGAAAAUGCUGGCAGUCACUGUUCUACUGAUAGUGCUGAAGGAAAUGCUCUAAAGGAGAAAAAGGAAGCAGUGAUUGAAAGAGGAUCAAAGAGGUUCGCUGAGGUUCAGACCAAAAGAAGGGAACUGAGAGCACUGAUUGAAGGUGGCAAAGCCCCCCCGACACAUUUAAGGAUGGUGAUGGUUGGAGCACAGUGGUCAGCCAAGAGCUCAGCAGGUAACACCAUCCUGAGAAGAAAUGCAUUUGCUGUUCGUCACAGAAGAACAACAGAGAAGUGUGAGAUCAGCCACAGCAUGGUGGCAGGCAGGCAGCUCACAGUAAUAGAUUCUCCCGGCUGGUUCUACAACAACACCCUUCAGGACCUCUGUGAGAUGGAUAAACUUGAAAUAGAGAACAGCGUGCACCUGUGCCCUCCUGGACCCCACGCGGUGCUCCUCAUGGUCGGCCUGGCAUCUGCGUUCAACGCAUCAUACCAGAGAGCAGUGCAGGAGCACAUGAGUCUGUUCACGGAUGAAAUCUGGAAGCACACGAUUGUUCUAUUCACUCGAGGUGACUGGCUAGGAGUGAAGACUGUGGAGGAGCGUAUAGAGAGUGAGGAAGGUCUGCAGUGGCUCAUGGAAAAGUGUGGGAACAUGUAUCAUGUCCUGGACAACACGAAAAAAUGUGAUGAGACACAGGUAACGGAGCUCCUCGAGAAAGUUGAAGAGAUGUGGGCAGGGAACAAGGAUCCUCAUUAUGAAGUCGACCUGGGCUGUGCAGAGCAGAUUGAGGCAAGGAAAGAGGCUAGAGACAAGAUAGCAAAAAGGAUUUGGCGGACGACCCAAAGACAAACAAGAAUACUGAAAGAGUUGUUCAGAGGGGAGAAGCAGGCAAUCACUGACAAGAGGAUUGUACUUCUUGGCAGAAAAGAGUCGGGGAAGAGUAUGGCAGGAAACAGGAUCCUUUUUGAAGAGCUGUUUGGUACUGCUUGGAUGAAGAAGGAAUUCAAAGAUCAGCGUAGACCCACGACGUGUGUAAAACAUGAAACAACCGUUGCAGGAGUCAACAUCUCAGUCGUUGAGGCACCAGGCUGGUUUACAGACGUGAGCACACCCGACUGGCUCAAGAGUGAAGUUAGGCGCAGCGUCUCCAUGUGUGCUCCAGGCCCUCAUGCUUUUUUCUUGGUGGUUCCCAUCUCCAAGGCCUUCACAGAGAUUGACUACAAAGCAGCGGUUGAGCUCUUGAUGCCAUUCGGUGAGAGAGUCUGGAGACACUGCAUGGUGCUGUUCACCUGGGGAGACUGGCUCAACAACAGGUCCAUUGAGGAGCACAUUGCUGCAGAGGGCAGAGCCCUGAAGCGGCUUGUGGAGAAGUGUGGAUACAGAUACCACGUUCUCAACUGCAAUCGUUUCGGCGAUGGUUUUCCAGUCAUUGCACUCUUUGAGAAAGUUUUUGACAUGAUAAUACGAAACAAGGACAACUAUGUCAUUGCUGAAGACUACCCGGGGAAAAAGCAGAAACUAAUGCUGUCCUGGCAGGAGGAGUGGAACAAGAGGGAGCAGGAGCUGAUAGACCGGAUGUUGAGAGCUGUAGCACAAGAACACGAUGAAGAAACAGAACCAUCUGUGAUGAUGGCAGCCAGCAUCGAUGGAGCCUUCACUCCAAGCAUGAGCGGAGGCCUUCCCUCAGAAGUUGGGAGCACAUUUUGGAGCGACAGAGCACGUGCCAGGGUGUCUGAAUGGCUGAGCUUUAGAGCAGGGCACUCUGACAUCACCUCUGGGGUUGGCAGCAUGAGUGCCUCGGCCAGUUAUGUGGAGAAGUUGGAUGAAAGCAUUCUGACAGACGAUGAUCAACAACCGAUGUUUUUCCCAGAAAAAGACAAAAUGAAGUUGGACACUGCUCUCUGUGGCAUGGCCUCCACACAAGCUGUAGGAGCACGGCGCAGGCACUCCCUUUAAUCAGUGAACUGAGAAAAUAUUGUCUGAUUAAUCAAUUAUAAAAAUAAUUUGUAGUUGCAGUUGUGAUUAAAUAAGAAAACAUAGGCUGUUACUAAUUCUAUGUAGACCGACCACAUAUUACUGAAAACAAAUCUUCAGUCAAGUUUUAUUGCUUUCAUUGAAGGCUAAAUACCAGUGAUGAAAUGUAACUAAUUACAUUUACUCAAAUACUGUACAAUUAUGAGGUGGCCUACAAGUAUAUCCAUUUUAUAGGUUACAUUUAUACAUAUGCAUUUUGGAAGCCAAUAUUUUGCUCUUCACUCCACUAGGUUUAUUUGACAAUUGGAGUCACUAGUUACUUAAUUAAUACUAAAUAUAAAUCAUUUCAUAAAUGAUGAUAUUAUUAUAGAUUAAGCAACCCAGUAGUUUGUAGAAUAACUGAAAUGAUCUCUCCCUUUACCAGCUGCAACAUUAGUGAUACUUCUCACACAUGUAUAAUUCUAAAAUGGGCCAUUUUGCAUAAUGAGUACUCUUUGCAGAUAUUUUGAUGCGAAUACUUGUGUAGGCUGCUUUUACAUAGGUGUGAUUUUGAAUACAGGACUUAGAAGUGUUUUUACUCUGUGGUGUUGUUAAUUUUACUUAAGUAAAAGCUUCAAAUAGGCCUACGUCUUCCACCACAGAUGUAAUGACAAGGUUUUUUAUGUGUAUGAUUACUAGUAUAAUUAAGACAAUCUUUGGAAAAAAAAAACACCUCAGAAAAUCAUAAACUUAUUCCAAGAUCAGUAAUGCCUAUGUAUUUGUUGCCCAACAAAAUCAAAGUAAUGUUAUUUGUUUAUUCAGUGUGUAGGUUACAUGUGACAACGUUUUGAGCCUUUUUUUUCAGUUGGAUCUUCAAACAUAUCUUGGUGAGGACAUUUUUCCGUCAAAUAUGAUUUAUCAAAAUUCAAUAAUGCUAUUUUUCUUGCAAUGAACAAUCGGUAUGUCAAGAAUUUGCUUAUUAUUUUAGCCAAAUUUUACAUUCAUAAAAUAAAAUUCUUGAAAAAGUUAUCAUCUAUUUUAUAUUACAUCAUUAAAUACCGUUGAAAUACUGUUAAUAUACUGUUGAAAUACCGCUGAACUCUUAUACCAUAAAACUUCAAUUAAAGGCCUGUCUCACUUAGACGCCUGGUCUGGUUGCCAUGCAGUUCAUUUUUUUUUUCAAUAGAAGCUUGUCAGAUGUACAAAACCAGGUUGUUAGCUACCUUAAAUUAUGCAUCCAUUCCUCCAUUACCCUGUAAGUUAUCUGUAUUCCUUUAGUCCAUAAGGGUCCAAAGACCAAAAUAAUCAAAACUGACUUUCGUAAAAAUGAAUCCAAGUUGUGAGUAUUGUUUUGAGAGGAUAAACUGGUGUUGUGUCAGUAUGCCUGGUACCAUAAUCACCAAGUGCCGUUACUCUCUGAUGUGAUGUCUGUUGGAGCUAGAAUGAUCAUAACAGAUUUAUUAUCUGAAGCCUAAUUUUUAAACAACUAAUAUUCAUACUGGUUAAAACACACACUUUGAUUAUAUUUACAGAGCAACGGUUUUGUGUAAAAGGAAUUAAAGACCUGUCCCAAAUAUAGGCCCGUUGGUUUCAGUGAUUUAAGCAAAUAAUCGCCUGGGCUAUUAAUUGAAAUUUUACGGUACUUGCUGAGUAAAUCUUGUGUGAGUUAUACAUAGGGAAGACCGGGGAUGAUUGUCACAGUGCUUAUUACCGCCACACUAGAAGGCACUGUGACAUUAUGUUGAUGUCAAACAGUUGGUCUGACAUCCUGCUCAUUUUGCACUGGUCAUUUAACUAAACAGUAACUAACGGUAACUAAACAGUUACAUACUUCAACCUAUGGUUGACAUUUUAACAAAGGUUCCUGGUCAUAUUGUGAUUAAUGUAUUCCAAUCUCACUGUGUCAUUUAAUGUUAUAUUCAUAAUAAAUUGUUAUGAAACAGUGGC